GCGCGUGCGCGGUCGGGAGGGGAAGUGAGGCGGUUUCUUCGGCGCCUUUUCCGGCGGCGGCGGCGGCAGAGCUGGGAGGAGGAGGUGGCGGCCGGAGGGAGCCCGCGCUCGGGGCGGCGGCUGGAGGCAGCGCACCGAGUUCCCGCGAGGAUCCAUGACCCUGACGAGCCGCCGGAGCCUCGCUGCCUCUCGGUGGCCCGGGUCGGUGGGGAGCCGGUGCUCGCGGACCGGAGGGUCGUAGUCUCCCGCGGCGUCGGGAGGAGGCGGCGGCGGCGGCGGAGGAGCGGGAACCGGCGGCGCUCGCGCGGCGCCUGCGGGGGGAAGGGCAGUUCCGGGCCGGGCCGCGCCUCAGCAGGGCGGCGGCUCUCCCGCCGCAGACUCGGCCCCGGCGGCGGCGGCGGCGAGUGGAGGAAUCAAGUUGUGCGGCCGGUGAUGCCCGAGUGAGCGGCGGGCCUGGCCUCUGCCCCGAAGAGGCAACUCCCACGUCGGCCACACGGGCGCCCUCGCGGCGGGAGGCUUCGUUUUGGUUUCGCGGCGGCGGCGGCGGCGGCGGCGUUGUUGGCUGAGGGGACCCGGGACACCUGAAUGCCCCCGGCCCCGGCUCCUCCGACGCGAUGGGGAAGGUGCUGUCCAAGAUCUUCGGGAACAAGGAAAUGCGGAUCCUCAUGUUGGGCCUGGACGCGGCCGGCAAGACCACAAUCCUGUAUAAGUUGAAGCUGGGCCAGUCGGUGACCACCAUCCCCACCGUGGGUUUCAACGUGGAGACGGUGACUUACAAAAACGUCAAGUUCAACGUGUGGGAUGUGGGCGGCCAGGACAAGAUCCGGCCGCUCUGGCGGCAUUACUACACCGGGACCCAGGGUCUGAUCUUCGUUGUGGACUGUGCCGACCGCGACCGCAUCGACGAGGCCCGCCAGGAGCUGCACCGCAUUAUCAAUGACCGGGAGAUGAGGGACGCCAUAAUCCUCAUCUUCGCCAACAAGCAGGACCUGCCCGAUGCCAUGAAACCCCACGAGAUCCAGGAGAAACUGGGCCUGACCCGGAUUCGGGACAGGAACUGGUAUGUGCAGCCCUCCUGUGCCACCACGGGGGACGGACUCUAUGAGGGGCUCACAUGGUUAACCUCUAACUACAAAUCCUAAUGAGCGUUCUCCACCCAUCCCCCCGGAAGGAGAGAAAUCAAACACCCAUUCAUAGGAUUAUCGCCACCAUCACCUCUUUCAAUUGCCACUUUCUCUUGAAUUUGAACUCUGGAGUUACUGUUCUACGGUUGGGGGGGGGGGGGGGGCCGGUUAGGGAGUUUCCUUUUUGUUUCUUUUUUGCUUUGCGUUAGGAUGCUCUGAUCUGACAUUUGACAUGAACACAAAGUGCUAGAUGCUCUUGUUAACUUCCAGCAAAUGGGACGGGGAAAAUAUAGCAGUUCUUGGUAAAAGUCCUUUAUAAUAAUGGUAUGAUUUUUUUAUUUUGAGAGAUUUUUUUUCCCAUUGUAUGCUUUUUUUCCCUUUUUGCCCAGUUUCCUUACCAUUUGCUGUAGAUGGCUUAUUUUGCAUUAAUGCAGACUAUGUUGCAAGUCUGUUUCAUCUAGUAAACUGAAAAUUAUUGCUUAAUCAAA